UUGCAGCCCCGAGCCAUGAUGAAGACCUUGUCCAGCGGGAACUGCGCGCUCAGCGUGCCUGCCAAGAACUCCUACCGCAUGGUGGUGCUGGGCGCCUCGAGAGUGGGCAAGAGCUCCAUCGUCUCCCGCUUCCUCAACGGCCGCUUCGAGGACCAGUACACACCCACCAUCGAGGACUUCCACCGCAAGGUCUACAACAUCCGUGGCGACAUGUACCAGCUGGACAUCCUGGACACGUCUGGCAACCACCCCUUCCCCGCCAUGCGCAGGCUCUCCAUCCUCACAGGCGACGUCUUCAUCCUGGUGUUCAGCCUGGAUAACCGGGAGUCCUUCGAUGAGGUCAAGCGCCUCCAGAAGCAGAUCCUGGAGGUCAAGUCCUGCCUGAAGAACAAGACCAAGGAGGCGGCCGAGCUGCCCAUGGUCAUCUGCGGCAACAAGAACGACCACGGCGAGCUGUGCCGCCAGGUGCCCGCCACGGAGGCUGAGCUGCUGGUGUCGGGCGACGAGAACUGCGCCUACUUCGAGGUUUCGGCCAAGAAGAACACCAACGUGGACGAGAUGUUCUAUGUGCUCUUCAGCAUGGCCAAGCUGCCACACGAGAUGAGCCCCGCCCUGCACCGCAAGAUCUCCGUGCAGUACGGUGAGGCCUUCCACCCCCGGCCCUUCUGCAUGCGCCGCGUCAAGGAGAUGGACGCCUAUGGCAUGGUGUCGCCCUUCGCCCGCCGCCCCAGCGUCAACAGUGACCUCAAGUACAUCAAGGCCAAAGUCCUUCGGGAGGGCCAGGCCCGAGAGCGGGACAAAUGCACCAUCCAGUGAGCGGGAGGGAGGCCAGGCAGUGCCUUACGAGAGGUGGCUCCAGAUGCCCACUGCCCGCGUCCUCCCAAUGAGACCCCACGGCAGUCGUGUUCAAAGACCUUUGGUGCCAGGCCAGAGGACCCCAGCCUCUAACCUCUGUACAUUCUCCUGCCUUCUCUCCACUUCCCUUGGAUCCCUCUUCUCCAC